ACUCUAGUCCAUUCGAUAACAGAGCAACAGCUGAUUCAUCGAUAAGCCGAAUGAGUGCAAUACAAACAAAGGCUACAAGCUGACACAAUAAAAACACCACAAUAACAAUAACUAAUUAACGCUAAAUAUCAAGUGCUGAAAACGAAGUGAAUCAUCGAUCAAAGCUGUUUUCGUCAUAAUGUCUGCUAACACAUCAAAAGAAGCUGAACCGCCCAGCUACGAGGAAGUCAUGCGAGCCAGUGCACCCCCCAUGCAAGAUCCUCGGCUUAUAACCGGUGUACACCAUGGCGCCCCGGUACCGCCGGCAAACAUGGCCAACUAUGGUGCAUUCGAGACGACGCCAGUUAGCAUUGUGGUGCAGCCAGCGCUGCCGGCCGAGAUCAUAGUCAUUGGAGCUUGUCCCUCGUGCCGUAUUGGCUAUUUGGAAGACACGUUCUCGCCGCUGGGUCUCUGCUGUGCCAUAUUCUUCUUUCCCAUUGGCAUACUCUGCUGUCUGGCGAUGCGCGAGAAGCGGUGCAGCAAUUGUGGAGCAACAUUUUAAAUGCCCAAUCAACUCGCUCUCUCCCUCUCGAUCGCUCAUGCGAGAGAGAGAGAGAGAGAGAGAGAGAGAGAGGUUUUUAGCUAUAUAUUCACCCCGACAAAUUGGACUGUUAAGUUUUUAAAAAAUCACAAAGAAAAGUAACAAAUUAUGCUAACUUGUUAGCUUGUUAAUUAUGAAACUAUAUAUAUAUGUAUGUGUGUAUGUAUGUCUGUGUAAAUACAAAUAUUUUAAGGCUUUUAUGACGCGACUGCAAACUCGCCUUUCCAUUCCAUUCCACAACAUUCCAAUCGUCGUCGUGGCUGUCGUGUGGACGUGGCCCGCUUCCGUUAAAUUUAAUUGAAAUAUAAUGGGGGCGGUUUUGAAUUACGCCGCUCGUUUGCUCUUGGGCUGCCUUCUUUCUUUUUUUUAUUGUUUGCGCAUAUUUUUUGCUCUUUGUGAAACGUAAACAAGCGAAACUGUAAGCCAAAGCAAUGCACGACUUACGCAUGCUCUGUACAUAAAUAAAUUGUUAAUCAAACUUCA